AACACAACAAAGGUGGGCGUUUAUUUACGCACCAAAAAUGGUAAAAAAUCGUAAUUUUUUGAAUUGUCACCUCAUAAAUUUUGUAUUUGUUUGAACAAUGUGGUUAUUUGAUUCAAUUAGUAAUAACACAAGUCCUCAAUUUCACUUAAAUCCCUUUAAUUCCAUUAAAUGUCACACCGCCACGCCUCCAUCUCUAAUCCCAAAAAUAGCGUUUUAAAAUUAGAAAAUCCGUCUCACGUCUCGAAAAACCUAGAAAAUUCGACUCCAAACUUAUAUAAAAGUCAUGUGGAGCACGUUUUCACAAGUUUGAAUUAAAGUGAAUAGUGAAGUGCGACAUAACCUCAAAAUGAGUAGUGAAGCUUUAAAAUACAAAGACGAAGGCAAUGAAGCUUUCAAAAACGGCAAUUGGGACUCUGCGGCGAAACUCUACACCAAAGCCAUCAAUUUGGAAAAGGCUGAAAGUAAAGAUUUGGCUGUUUUCCUCAAAAAUCGAGCUGCAGCCUAUUUGAAGUUAAACAAGUUUGAAGAAGCUCUAAAUGACUGUGACAAGAGUUUGGAAAUUGUCCCAAAUGAUCCCAAAGCCCUAUUUCGUAGAUGCCAAGCCUUGGAGAGUUUAGAACGAUUUGAGGAGGCAUAUCGUGAUGCGACCCAGAUAUUCAAAGAUGACCCCAAUAAUAAGACAAUUCAGCCGAUUUUAGAACGUCUCUAUCGCAUAGUACAAGAAAAAGUACGUGAAAAUGCCCAAACAAGCACCAAAAUCGAAACAAUGACAAAAAUCGCGUUCGAUUUAACCACCGAUAGAGAAAAACGUGAGACUGCAAUGAACAAUUUAUUAGUCCUUGCACGAGAAAACACCGGUUCAAGUCUCAUGAUCAAAUCACCAAUCGUUCAACAAAUCAAAAAACUUUUAAAAAUUGAGAAGAAUCAAGAAAUCUGUAUUACCGGCAUCCGAAUAAUCGGCGAACUGUGCAAACACACCAUCGAGAAAACCCGAAAUGUGAUGCAAGACGUGGGAAUCCCCUGGUUUCUUGAAAUUCUCGACUCCAAGAACGAGAAUCAAGUCAACGCGGCGCAGUAUUGCAUCCAACAAAUUCUUAAUAUUUUCUCAGGGAUGGACAAUAAACCGGAUACUAAACCUGAUCAAGAAUUGGUGAAAAAUCACAAGAAGGAUAUUGAUAUGAUUUUGACUUGUCUCGUGUACUCGAUUAACAAUCAAGCAAUAAGUGGGGAGGCCCGUGAUGCGAUUAUUGAACUCCUCACCAGGAAUAUUCACUACACGGCUUUGAAUUGGGCCGAGCAAUUGGUGGAAAUUGGGGGCGUUGGGCGUCUCAUGGAGUGUGCUAGUGAGCUAGAAGAGUACAAGUAUGAGAGUGCUAUGAACAUCACCCCCUCAACUCGAACAAUCGCUGCUGUUUGCUUGUCUCGCAUCUACGAAAAUAUGUAUUACGAUGCAGCUCGUGAGAAAUUCAUGGGGAAAAUCCAGGAUUUCAUCAAGGAUAAACUUCUCACGCCUGAUAUUGAGUCGAAAGUGAGAGUUGUGGUGGCGAUAACGGCGCUCCUGCGUGGGCCUUUAGACGUAGGGAAUGCCAUUGUCGGUAAAGAAGGGAUCAUGGAGAUGAUUCUUGUUAUGGCCAAUACCGAUGAUUUACUCCAACAGAAAGUCGCCUGUGAGUGUAUUGUCGCUGCUGCGAGUAAAGCUGAUAAGGCGAAAGCGAUUAUAGCACAAGGGGUUAACAUUUUGAAAACUUUGUAUAAAUCUAAAGAUGAUGGGAUUAGAGUUAGGGCUUUGGUUGGGUUGUGUAAGUUGGGGAGUUCGGGAGGUACUGAUGCGACUAUGAAACCGUUUGCUGAAGGGUCGAAUUUGAAACUGGCCGAGGCUUGUAGACGGUUUUUGGUGCAUCCGGGGAAUGACACGGAUAUCAGAAAGUGGGCUGCGGAAGGCCUUUCGUAUCUAACCCUCGACGCUGAAGUGAAAGAAAAACUGGUGGAGGACCGCCCCGCGCUGCAAUCCCUCAUCGAACUCGCAAAAACCGGCGACCAAUCCUGCCUUUUCGGCGUCGUAACAACUCUCGUCAACCUCUGCAACGCCUAUGAGAAACAAGAAGUCAUCCCGGAAAUGAUCGAGUUGGCAAAAUUCGCUAAACAACACAUUCCGGAAGAACACGAACUCGACGACCCAGAUUUCGUAACAAAACGAAUCCUAGUUUUGGGCAAAGAAGGCGUAACUUCAGCCCUUGUGGCCCUCAGCAAGACCGAAAGCCCCAAUUCACGUGAACUAAUUUCGCGCGUUUUCAAUUCCUUGUGCAGCGAACAGGAAUUGAGAGGGGUUGUGGUGUCACAAGGGGGCUCCAAAGCCUUGAUUCCUUUAGCCUUAAAAGGGACUGAAAAGGGGAAAAGACACGCAGCGCAAGCUUUAGCCCGAAUUGCGAUUACGAUGAAUCCGGAAGUGGCGUUUCCGGGUCAAAGAGCCUUGGAGGUGAUUAGACCUCUAGUGGGGCUUUUGCACCCGGAUUGUUCCGGGUUGGAGAACUUUGAGGCACUCAUGGGGCUGUGUAACAUCGCCCAAAUGAGCGAAAGUGCAAGACAGAGAAUUCUGAAAGAAGGGGGGCUGCCGAAAAUCGAGCAUUAUAUGUUUGAAGACCACGAGUAUUUGUGCAGGGCUGCCACCCAAUGCAUGACCAAUAUGUGCAUGUCACCAGAUGUGAUCAAAACCCAUGAGGGGAAAAACGACAAAAUUAAGUUUUUCGUGUCUUUGGCGAUGGAUGAGGAUGCUGAUACGGCUAUGGCAGCCUCAGGGGCUUUGGCCAUCCUCACAGGAAAUAGUAAAAAGUGCUGCGAGAAGAUUUUCGAAUCAAAGAAUUGGUUGGACUGCUUCCAUGUCUUGUUGGCCAAUCCGGUGGCUAGUUUACAAUACCGAGGAGUGUGUAUUGUGAGAAAUGUGAUCGAAAAUUCCAAAGAAUUGGCCGAAAAAUUGAUGGAAACUGACAUUAUGGAAAUUCUCAUGGCGUUAAAACUACUCCCCGAUGAGAAUAAACAAACAAUUGUUAAAGUAGCAGAAGACGCGCUUAAAUUAGCCGAGAAAUGGGGGCUCAUUAAAAAACCAGAAGAUUGAACUAGAUUAGUCUUUUAUACAAACUGUUUUGUAACUUUUAAACUGUAAUAAAUUGUUUAAUUAC